AUGAAUUCGUCAAGUAGUCAACAAAGUUCGUCAACGGUUGAAUCUACUCAAUCGUCAGUGAGGCUGAAAAGUGAUCCGGCAUGGGCUCACUUUAAAGAGGAAGUGAAUAAGGAAGGAAAGAAAAUAUGGACGUGCUUACAUUGUAAUAAUGUCUAUAAAGGCGGAGGAAUUAAUAGAAUGAAAAAGCAUCUAGCCGGUAGAAGAGGGGAAAUUGCUCCAUGUAAGAAAGUUCCUUAUGAUACCCGAUAUCAAAUUGAACAGUUUUUGAAGGAGCUUGAUAAAAAAAGUGAAGAAACAAAUUAUGUUGAGGAUGACAGUCAAUAUGAUCCUACAAUUGACCUUGGGGAAGAAAUAGCACCAACAAUAGAAAAGAGCAAGGAGAUGAUACCUGGAUGUGCAGCUUCUCAAAAUGGAAAAAGAAAGCGAAAUGACAAGAUGAGUACUUUUUUUGCACCUAGAACCGUUUCGGGUGCACAACCUUCUAUCAAAAGCGCACUUGCAACCAAAGAAGCCUUGCACAAUGUUGAUAUGGCUGUUGCUCGAUUUUUUUAUGAUAGUUGUAUCCCAUUAAAUGCUAUUAAUACACCAUAUUUUCAAAAAAUGGUGGAUGCUAUUGCUGCUAUUGGCCCUGGUUAUAAAGCUCCAAAAUACUAUGCAUUGCGAACUAACUUGUUAGGGAGCAUGAUAAGUGAAGUUAAGUUGGUCAUUGAUAAUUAUCGAAGCAUUUGGGAAGAACGAGGAUGCACUAUUAUGGCCGACGGCUGGCAAGAUCAAUCAAAUCGACAGCUUAUAAAUUUUUUGGUUUACUGCAAUAGAGGAACGACAUUUGUUAGGUCAGUUGAUGUUUCUCCUAUUGUCAAAGAUGCAAGCGCUUUAUGCAAUUUGUUUGUGGAAUUGGUUCAAUGGGUUGGACCAAGCAAUGUGAUUCACUUGAUAACCGACAAUGGAGCGAAUUAUAAAGCUGCGGGAAACGCGCUUAAUCGUAAGUAUCCCUCUAUUAGUUGGUCUCCAUGUGCUGCACAUUGCUUGAACUUGCUUCUUGGUGACAUUGGCAAAAUGGAGCUUAUUACUAACCUUGCAACUCGAGCUUCUUUGGUAACAAAAUUUAUAUACAAUCAUGCAUUUUUAUUAGCUUGGCUAAGGAAGAGAGAAGGAUGGACAGAAAUCGUACGUCCGGGGCCAACUAGGUUUGCAACCACAUUCAUUGCGUUGAAGAGUAUCCUCGAACACCAACAUGAUUUCAAGCAUUUUUCACUAGCAAAACAUUUAAAGACUCUCGUUACUACAAAGAUAAGAAAGCAGUUUCUGUUACUUUAA